UGCUAGUAUGUGAUUAGUUUUUAUUGUCAUCUGAUUCUCGAGCUUUAUUUUUUAUUUUUAUUAACAACAAUAAAUAUAUACUUCAAAAUGAUGAAUAUUGAUGAGAGUUUCAAUGAUGAGGCGACAGCAGAAACCCUUGUUGAAGAAGAAAAGGAAAAACCAAAAGAAAAGACUGUUAGCGCUAAAUUGAUGCUUACUGAAGAGCAGAAAGGGUUAGCAACGGAUUAUUUAAUCAAUGUAAGUAAUAACGCAAAACCAUCUAGAUUAGUAUCGUUUAAAAUGGACGAAAGAACAUUAUCGGGAACUGCUGAAUUUUCUGAAGAUGAAAAUGAAGUUUUGCUACCACCUUCUGUGAAAGAAGCUGAGGCAAAAUUUGCAUUUACGCCCAGACAGCAACGUGACUUGCUUGAGGCGUUCAAUCUGCUCGACUAUACUGGUGAGGGAAAAAUCAAGGCAGAAGACUUUCGUGUAGCCAUCAAAGCUUUAGGAUAUGAACCUACAAAAGAGGAGUUGCAGAAGAUGGUUAACGGCGUUGACAAAGGAAAUACAGGAAGGCUCAGUUUUGAGAACUUCCAAACGGCCAUUAUGAGAAAAAUUAUGUCGCUGGACAAUGAUGGCGAUAUAAUGAAAAGCUUUCGUCUAUAUGACAUGGAUGAUACUGGGUUAAUAAGUUUCAAUAAUCUUAAGAAGGUUACACGUAUACUUGAAAUUCCUCAAACAGAUGAAGAAAUCGAAGAAAUGAUAGAUGAUGCAGAUACGGACAUGAAUGGCUUUGUUUCAGUGGAGGAGUUCAUGAAGAUUAUUAAAAAUUGUGUCCAUAUAGUAACGCCCUGAAAAUUUUCUACCCAUUUCUACUUCAAAUUGGAUAAUUUAUUUUAAUGGCAACAA